AUGCCACCAGUUCUCUCUUCCCCAUCAACUUCCUCCCCUUCGCCACCUCCACCUUCGUCUCAACAAUCCGUUUCCUCUACGCCGAAACGAAAACGUGAUGAUAUACCGCCCACACCUCCGGCUUCCUGCCCCGAAAUGCGUCUUAACACCAAGCUCCCUAGCAAUAUCACCGUAGCCUCCUCGGCUGAUUCCGAAACAGGAAGCCCGCGCACGAAAGUGGCGUACACUUUCCAAGGCCUGCAACUGGAAGAUGAUAGGGUGUCGAAACUCGACCUCCAGCGCUCCAAUUUCCCCAGACUUGGACCGCGCAAUGAAGGAAUGCAAGAGGAGAGCGCGGUAAGAAAGCGGGUCAAAGUCUUCGGAGACAAAGAGAGUGAUAUAGCUUCAGGGAGGGGGAGGGAAAUACCAGAGACGCCUCAGCAUCAGAGCUUUGGAACCGUGAGUGGGUCGGAGAGGAACUCAGAUUCGACGGUCUCGGAGAAGGGAUGCUCCUUGGCGUUGAGGAACGAGGUUGAUCCUAUGAUUUUUAAGGGGUCGAGUAUUGGGAAACGGAAAGGGGGAUUGGCGCGGGCGUAUCCGAGCAUCAACUGUCUUGCGGAUUCUAAGUCUCGUGCGUCAAGAAAAAGGAUGGGUACUCCGCCAUUACUUGGCUCCAGAGAUGCAUCAUUGGAAACAGAAACUGCGGAUGGGGGAGAAAGGAAUGUGGAUCUCGACAGAGCGGCAUUGACAUGGCAUGAUGAUGAGAUCACUGGCCAUAAUCCAGAUGAUCCUGAUGAUGACGGGGAAGGCAUCAAUGGGAUUGGCUUUAAGCCAACACCGGCCAUAGCAUAUGCGAGAUCAGAGAAGAGGAGACUACAAAUGGCGGAGUAUCGGAGUCGAGAGGCGAGGGAGGCCAGGGCCAAGAGAAGUGAGAGGAGGAGGGGUGAAGUUAGUAAGGAGAGUAGUAAGGUCGAAGCGGAGACCGCGAGGAGGGUGAGAUUUUUGGAGGGUAUGACGGAAAGCAUUAUUCCGACGAGUUGA